AUGCCUCAAUUUUUCCAAGUCCUGCGGGCUGCUACCGUGGCAAGCGCGCUCGCGCUGGUUUUUGCAAAGGCAGCGAUCGCCGUGCCUUUCAAGGACUCCUCUUCCAACCAUUCCAUUCUCGAGGCACGCCAGGGCGACACCGCAACAUGCCCACUCCAAGGCGACACGAAGCUUGUCGGCGAUGGCGAUCCUCAUCAAACUUUCUACCACGAGCAGGUCUCGGACAAACUUGGUUGCGGAGAUGGUGAAUGUGCCAUCACCAGUGAAGAGAGCUGGUCGAUCAGCGUUGGUUUCAGUUCUGAGAUCAGUUCGGCCGAGUGGAUUGCCGGAGGCUUCUCUGUCGAAAAGGAGUACUCCAAGACCCAAGGAUAUUCCUGCUAUGGCGUGGCCGGAGAUGAAGUGUGCUUGUGGCAGAUGGUGCAGCAUACCGAUUACACUGUCCAAAACAUCAAAGUCAAUCCGUGCACACUUGCGGAGUCUGAGCCGGAUGGUGACCCAUUCGUCCUGAGUAGCCCUAACUCGGAACAGGGCAACUACUACUGUGUCCGCAAUGCAUGUCGGGAGAAGGGCGAGGGUCAUUGGGAGGACCGUUCGAAGCCUGGCACGGCAUGA